AACGAGGACAAAACUUUCUAAAUGUCAGUUGACAGUUUGAAACUUAUAAAAUCUAGUUUUACAACUUUUUAAAUAUUCGAUAGAAUUCUAAACUGUAAUGUAAAUAGAAAAUUAUUCAUAUAAAGUGCUUGCAUUUCAAUCAUACUUUUGUUUUUAAUUCAUGAAAACAAGAAACACGAGUUCUAAUCAUCCGAAAUUGGAAUUCAGUCCGUGGUCGUGAUGGUUCCUCAACAACAGAGGAGAAGACGACGUCGAGCGGCUUUAGUUCGAACGGCGGAGCGCAAACUAGUAGUGGCUCGAGGACCCGGCGGAUUUGGAUUUACGAUUGCUGGACAGAGGCCAUGUGUAGUGUCUGCGGUAGCAGCGGGUGGCCCAGCUGAGCGAGCUGGUUUGCGGGCCGGAGACGCAUUGCUAACUGUGGACGGCGCCAGUGUGGCACGCGCUCCUCACGCAUCCGUGGCCCGUAUGGUUGCUUCUGCCCCUGCUGCUAUUUCACUAAGUGUGUCUCCUCGUGAGGCACCGCCUACUGAUACUGAGGAUACAGAGCCUGACGAACGAGCUAGAACUAGAAGGAGACACCCACCUCCACGACGCAGGCCUCAGCCAGUGAUGCAUCUGCCAGGAUGUCAAGGAGCAUCAAGCGGUAUCGGCAUAAAUGAGCUGCUGCAGAGCUUAAGCGGAGGAGCCUUGCGUCCCCGGCUCGAGUGUCGCGCCGCCGUCGGGUACCUCGGUACUAUCGAGAGUCCCGGCGCGGGCUCCGACGCCGCCCCCAGCCACGUGCGCGCUGCCGUCAAGCGUCUGCGACAGGAGCGCCGCCCCGCCGCCCCCGUGCUGCUCGCCGCCCUACCGCACGCCCUCUGUCUACUGCGCGCCGCCGGCCCGCCUCUAGCGCACUACCGCCGCGACCGCAUCCUGUACGCCGGGUGCGCCGCCGACUCUGACCGCCGACACUUCGGGCUCGUGACGGCCGGCGACUCGUCCCGCAGCUGCCACGUGUUCGUCGUGGACCCUCGCAUCGUGGACCACGAAGCGCACGCCGCACGGGCUGAGGAGUUUCGAAUAGCGUGCACCAGAGAUCCCGUGGCUGAGCGCUGUCUCGAGUUCCCACCUUCCGCCGAGUACGUUGUCGGAGUCGUCCGCGGGAUGUACUCGUUGCCGGCUGAUGAGUGCGAGACUUCUAAUCUAGAACGUAUCUCAAAACUGGCAGUGAAGAGUGCCAGCCCAGCGGCGGGCGAAUUCUCCCGUCGAGGACGAGUGGCAGUGCGGGCCCGGGAGCGCCGGCCUGCGGGUCAGGGUCCGGCGGGCUCGCCGCAGCCCAGCAACCAUAGCGAAGUGACCACCACGUCGAGCAACAGUGAUUCCGGGAUUGGGUUCCACAACGACUGCCGGAAUGUUGCAGACCGCAUCUUGCUGGUGGAGUUCGGCGGGGCUGGAAUGGGAGUCGGUGGUCCGGCUGGGGGUUGGUUCCUUUCGAACACGACGCCAGUUGUGGAGGGGUUCGCAGGUCGCGGCCGUGCGCUCGAACCCGAAGGCGGUCUGUUGGAAGCGGAGCGGCCCUCGCGCGAUUACAACUACAAUGACAAUACGCAUGGCCUGUCUGCGGAGCCCGAUGUGGAGGAUGCAGUGGAGGCCUUCAACUCUGUAGAAAUUUAUGAAGAACGCGGUUCAGUCUCGUCGUUAGGCUCGGCCCGCACCCACGAGGAGCCCUUGGAGCAUCACUUCCUGCGCCCGGCCGCAGUCACCUCUAAGCAGGUCCGCAAGUCAUCGAAGUUAAAUAUGCUGCUAAAAACGAAAAACAUGCUUUCUGGAAGAAACAAGGAGGCCCGUCGGCGGGCGGUCAGCGCCAGCGCGGGGGACGUGCGGGGGGGGCGAGCCUCCGGGCAGGGGGGCUGGGGGGCGAGACAGGGAGAUGCUCUCUGUCUGCCCGCUGCCGCCAGUGAACCCGAUCUCCGAGAAGGACAGAGCGAGCAGUCGUCGCCUUUCCGCCGCUGGACGACCGGGAGCGGAGCCGGCAGUUCGUAUCGCCACCAGGAGCACCGCAACAUGUACAAUAAGCAAAUGAGCGAGGGCUCCGCUCCUAUGAGUUCAGGUAGCGGAGGCUCUAGAGUGGCGAGCUGGUCUCUAAGUCUAGAGCAACUGCUGGCUGAUCCUUCAGGAGCAGCCGCCUUCGAGCACUUCCUAUCUAAGGAGUUUGCUGCCGAAAAUAUCAGGUUCUGGUGGUCGUGCGAGCAGUACCGCGCCACCACGGACGAGGCGGAGCGCGCGCGGCUGGCGGACGAGAUCUGGCGGCGGCACCUCGCGGACUCCGCGCCGGAACCCGUCAACGUGGACGCGCCUGCCGCCCGCCACGCCGCACUGCUCCUCCACCACCGACCCCCGCCGCACGACCUCUUCCUGCAGGCGCAGAAGCAGAUCUUCAACGUGAUGAAGUUCGACAGUUACCCUCGCUUCCUGCGCUCCGCCCAGCACGCCGAGUGCGCGCGCGCCGAGCUGCGCGGCCUGCCGCCCCCCUACCCCCCGCAGCACGGCAAGUUGAACAUUAUUUAUUUUCAGUUGAAGAAGUCUGCCAGUAACGCAUCAGAGCGCCGCCGCAGCGGUGGGGCCUCCCUCCUCCCGUGGAGACGGCCCGCCUCCAAGGAUAGAGGGGAGCCGAACAACUCACAGGGUAACGGCGAUGCGGUGAGGUCCAACCAACCAGCCGUGAGCCAAAGCUCGUUGUGCCGCGUGAUCCUCCCAGACGGGGCCACCUCGGUGGUGCCCGUGGACCCAGACGUCUCCGUGGGCAGGAUCGUGGACAGGCUGCUGCAAAAGAGGAACCUGCUCUGUCCCAACUACGAUGUGUUCGUUGAAGAUCAGGACGCGGUGCGGCCCGUGGACCGCUCGGCGCCGUCCGUGUGCGUGGGCGGCGCGGCGGCGCGCGUGGAGCGGCGGUGCUGCGUGUGGGUGCGCGCGGGGGGGCGCACGCUCGCGCUGCGCUGCCCGCCCUCCCGCACCCUGGCGCACGCCCUGCCGCCCCUGCUGCGCCGCGCCCUGCCCCGCGCGCCCCCCGCCCCCGCCCCCGCCGCCGCCGUGCUGCUGGACGGCCGCCCCGUGCACCCCGACACGCUCAUGCAGGAUCUGGACGGAGCUCGCCUGCAGAUCGUGGAGGUGGAGGAGGCAGGCGUGGAGGAGGAGCAGGGCGGCCCGGCGCCGCGCCUGCAGGACGACGACACCCAGAGCACCGACGCCUGCAGCGGCCGGGAGGGCGGAGGCCGGGUGCGCGCGGCGCUGCGCCCCGGGGCCGCACUGCACCACCACCCGCCAGAUUUCUUGGAAAACCUCAGAGAGACGCAGCGGCAGAGGUUACAAAGCAAGCCGGAUGAUCCCCCCCUGGCCCCCCGCAGCCCCCCACCCCUGCCCCCCAAGCCUGCUCACAGAGCCCCCACCCUCGUCUGAACGGACACCGCUCGACUCUUGGAUUCUAUUACGCACGGGCGACCCGCCACCGGCUGGAGCCAGGGUCGACCGCCCGCUGUGAUGCUAGUCACGGAGGACACCCCGGGGAGCACUCGAGUUACUCCCAACCUCCGCUAGUCCCACACGCGUUCCUCUAAUGGAGGACAAGUUGUCGGCAUGCGUCCCCGCGUGACCGACCGGACAGUAUCGUCACUCGUGACCAGAGGACAUCGCACCGCCGCAGCCACAGAAAGGCGCCUCACAAAGAUUCAUUAACUAUUCAAUAUUUGACAGUUCAAUAAUAGUCUCGUCGCAAAUGUGAAUAUUGUUACGCGCUGGGUUUCGGGAUAAAUAAAAUAUCUACCGAAGUACAAGUUAACGCUGUGUGUCAAAUCAAACUACCUACUCAAAUGAAAUUAUUUGUUUAAUAUUACUGUAUUUAUUUAAUGAUAAAAGAAUAGUCGGUAUUCCGACGCUUCGCACUAUAUACGUAUUAAUAAAGAGUCGAUAUAUCGACGAUUCGCGAUUUAAGGGUUAAAAUACCUUAAAUAACGAAGUUCAUUGCUCGCGGUGGAUACGGCAGUUGUAAACGAAAAGUAACAUUAGUUUAUCAAAUCUUUUAAUGUUCGUGGUUUUUGUGAACCGUAUCUAUUCAAUUAGACUUCUUGAAAAUUUUACAGGAAACAAUUUUAACUGGUUAUGACUUAUCCUGUUUGUUAUGUAAAUAAUUGAGCUUCGUAUUCUCAGUUUCCUAUGUGUACAUUACUACGGUACAUAAUGUGUUUAUAAUUGUGAUUUUUAAAGUUUAUAUUAAUUUAAUAAAAUUAGUCAAAAUAUUGUGAGUCAGGCGCCUUCCAUAGAGAUAAGACUGCACUAAUGAUAUAAGCGCGGAACUAAUACAUACUUUACGAAUGUAAAUUUAUAAAAAAGUACACGUCUAGUUGUAAUAUUAAUUAUUUGUUAAUCAAUCGUCACAUUUGGUGUUUGAAUACUAACCAAAAAUGAAAUAUACUUCAUUGUCAUGAUUAGAUCUUAUUUUGCAAAUUAACACUAAUCAUACCAACACUUCAAGUACUUAUUUCUACCACAGCGGAUAGAUAAUGGGUAUACGACAAGUAUAACUCAAAAUAAACUAAAUAAAACAAAACAAAAAAGUAUAUAAGUAAAAGUAGUAUAUAAGUAAAAGUAUAAGUAUAUAAGUAAAAAAAAGUCAAGAUGUCAAAUGUGCGAAAGCAUUUUCAAUACAAAAGUUCAAAUUUGGGUCAUUUGACUCGUUAUGGUAUGUUUAGUGUUAAUUAAUUCCAGGCCUUAGUGUAUACAGGGUGGGAUGUUUUGUUGUGUUUACUUAUGUAAGCGUCAGUGGCCGAAUGAGUGCGCCGCCCGCACUGCGUCUUACGCUUCGAACAUUGAUGAUAGUUGUAUGAUAGUUAUUUAAGUUAGAUACGCGUUAAGCUCAUAGUAAUUAACCGCUAGUGAUGUAUUCACACCUGAAUAAGUCCUGAAGUUGUUCACUCGUUGAGUGGAUCAUUAAAUAUUGGGUACUGUGUAUCUGUGCAAUUCGUCUUAUAUUAACUAUAUAUGUAUUUAAAAUUUAUAAUAUUACUUUCUAACCUCUAAAUUGUCGUAAGACAUAACACGUCCAUUUUAAUUUAUUUGUACAAAUUUGUGAAAUGUGAGAAUGUAACAUAAAAAUAUUGAAAUUAAAAUAUUGAUUACACUCGAA